AUGGAUAAUACUCUAGGAAAUUUAGAUUUUAUUGAAUCAAAAGGACAUCAGUCUUGCAUUCGGUUUUCAAUUCCAUUAAAUGUGACGUUAGAUGGUGGAUUUUUAACAACACAUAAUCUUUAUCAAACUCCUCAAGAUUGUAAAUAUAUAAUAGUCCAUCAAUUAAUGUUCGAAAAGAAAAUGGCUCCAUUUUAUAAAGGCUUACCAGAAUUUGAUUCAUCUUGGUCGAAUAAAAAACUUGCUCAAGUUGUUCGUCAACAUCUUGCAAUACCAUUUAAAAAUACAAUAUAUCUUUCUACAAGGAAAUUUCCAGGUGGAUUCUAUCUAAAGUAUCUCUCUGAUGUUCUUAAAUCAAAUAAACAUAAAUCUUUUCAGCCAUAUACUUUUCGCUUCAGAUCAAUUAUUUCAUUAUUUCAUCAUUUCUUUUCGACAUUAUAUAAGCUUUUUACUCCACCAUUAGAAGUUUCUUUAUACCGAAAUAGCAAAGAAUGUCUCAUAUGUUUUCUUUAUUAUCCAAAACUUAAUUAUACGCGAUGCUGCAAUAAACCUAUUUGUUCAGAAUGUUUUGUUCAAAUUAAACAAACGGAUUCGCAUUCUCCAUGUAGUUUGAAUACUGAUUUGGAAAAUACACCUCUAUAUAAAGGGUCAAUUAAUUGCCCAUUUUGUCUUGAGAAAGAUUUUGGUAUUGUUUAUUUAUCUUCUACACAAGAACAUAUUACUAAAUCAUCAAUUAUAUCUUCUAUUAUUAAUAAAAAGAAAGUGCAUGAUAUUUGUCAAAAAUACUCAUCAACACAUCCAUAUGUUGUUACUUCGAAUAUGAUUAGAGCUGAUUGGUUUUCUCAAUUUAUUGAUACUCAACAAAAGGAGUCUGAUAGAGAAGAAAAUGAAAUCUUUUUGGAUACCUUAACAUUCUCAGAUAUAGGAUGUCAAACAUCAAAUUUACCAGAAAAUAAUACCUGUGAACAAACAAUUUUACAAACUUCUAAAAAUAUAUUAUAUACAGAUGUAGUACGACUAAAUUUAAAAAAUACAACAUAUCUUGAUUAUGUUACUGCAAUACGUAAAAAAGAUUUAACUCUUAAUGAGAGCUUAAAUCGUCCUAUUAUAACGCUUUAUGAUGGCACUACUUUAAGUUUAGCUGAUCUUGCAAAAGAUAAAAGAAUUCUUGAUUUUACUAUAAUGCCUAAUUUAUCAGAAAAAGUAGAAUAA